CACCGUGCUCCGUCUCCCUGCUCCUCCAUUCUCCCUCUCUCUCUCUCUCUCUCUCUCUCUCCCCUCUUCUUGGCUCCGACAGAGCUCGAUUCGUUCGUCCGGUCUCAGAGACAGAAAAUGCAGUUUCGAGAAUUGAGCUUUCUUUGACUGCUGAGCGUCGAGCUUUUCCGUCUUCUGCUGAACUCCUUUUUUCUCUCUCUCUCCCUCUCUCUCUCCGUCGAGAUAAUUUGAGCUUCGAGUCUCUGUAAAUCCAAGCGUCCAAAUUCUGUCGUCGUUUCGUUUUUCCCAAAAUUCUUCUUUCUGGGUUUGGCGACGGAAAGGAGCAGGACUCCAGUUGUGCAGUAGAAGGUGCGUUAAGCUGCUGUUUUGAUUUGUCUGAUUGCAUACUAUCAUUGCCAAGAGAGGAAUCAUCUGUAUUAUUUACUUGCUCCAUAAUGGGGAACAAUGAAGAGACAAAGUCAUCCAAAUCUGAGAAACCGUCUUCACCAGUAACACCGCAGGAUCAGACGGGUAUUCAUGUGUAUCCUGAUUGGGCAGCUAUGCACGCAUACUAUGGUCCAAGAGUUGCUCUUCCACCUUAUUAUAAUUCUGCUGUAUCAUCUGGUCAUGGUCCUCAUCCCUACAUGUGGGGGCCUCCACAGCCUAUGAUGCCACCAUAUGGGCCACCUUAUGCUGCAAUAUACUCACAUGGAGGUGUUUAUGGACAUCCUGCAAUUCCUAUUACACCGACUCCCUUGGCUGCGGAAACUCCUAAAAAAUCAUCUCCUAAUUCUGAUAAUGGACUGGUGAAGAAGUUGAAAAGUUUUGAAGGGCUUGCAAUGUCAAUAGGCAGUGCGGAUGCAGACAGUGCUGACGAUGCAUCUGAUAAGAGGUCAUCACAGAGUGCGUACACAGGAGGCUCAAGUGAUGGGGAUCAAUCAGGGGCAGAUAAAGCUGGGAGGAAAAGAAGUCGUGAAGGAAUUUCAUCCAUUGGCGAUGGAAAAUCUGAAGUUCAAGCCAAGGGUGCUGGGAAGGUGGAUGCUGCUUCUGAGAAUGUGUCAGGUGGAGCCAUUUGUCAUCCCAGUGCCACAGGAAAAUUGGUUGCACCUGUAAUCUCGCCCAGCAUAUCUGCAUCAUUAGAGCUAAAAAAUUCUUGCAUGGAUGCAGAUGCCAACCCUGUUAGCAUUUUGCAACCUGGUGCAGUAGUGCCAUCUGAAUCCUGGUUACAGAAUGAAAGAGAACUGAAAAGGGAGAGGAGGAAACAGUCGAAUCGUGAAUCUGCUAGAAGAUCAAGACUGAGGAAGCAGGCUGAGACUGAAGAACUUGCCAAAAAAGUGGACGCUCUGACUGCAGACAAUGUGGCUCUUAAAUCUGAAAUUAGUCGACUAACCGAGAACUCGGAUAAAUUGAGGCUAGAAAAUACCACAUUGAUGGAAAGACUUGGAAAUGCACGGGGAGGGGAAAAGGAGGUUGAAUCACUAGGUAAAUUCAAUGACAACGGGCUUCUCUCGGACAAAACAGAGAACUUACUUUCAAGGGUAAACAACUCCGGUGCCAUUGAUCGAAGAAGUGAAGAUGAGGGAGAAAUUUAUGAAAGGAAGUCGAAUGCUGGUGCCAAGCUUCACCAGCUCUUGGAUUCAAAACCCAGAACCGAUGCGGUGGCUGCUGGCUAACAGCUCAUUCUAAUUUCUGUUAGAUAGUUUGCCUUACUUAUUGAGCUUCGGAAAAUUUCGAAAUCAAUGUCACAGCUAACGGGAGAAGGAUGGGGUAGCUGGGCAAAGAGCUAGCAUCCAAGAAUACGAGGACUCUUAAUUUUUAUUGUAGUAUAGAUCUCUCAUGGCAGAACUGAUGGCUUUUUUUUUAAUCAUGUUCGGAAUGCCAUGAUGGUCCCAGAGGCUAUGUACAUUUGAAACAGGAUUUGGUUCGUACUUGGGUGUUUGUAACGGUUAUUACAGUGAAGUGGACCACUGUCUUGUAAUUAAGUUCGUACAACUUGUGAGUAAGCUUGUUAUCUACUUGAUUUUAAA